GUGGUAGGCAAUACCCAAAGCCACAGCAAGGGGGUGAGUGUAGGCUUAGACGGACCAUUGUUUGUCCCAGCGUACAGUGGGGCAUCAGCUGUACUGCGGUACAUGCGCACAGUCCGUUGGCAUGACAACAGAGACUCAACUGGUGCAGGCUUGCUGCCAACAAACGGUAGAUCCGGUGGUAAAGGGAAGACAAGGAGGAGUGACUCUGAAAAGGGGAGUAUUCACCGACACACACCUAAAGGCACUUGUCCAGCUGAGAGUGCGAGCUUAGACACACACGCAAAUGUAUCGAUGGAACUUCCGUACACACCCAUGGAAGACCGAACACGUGCUGUUGGCCUUGACGUUGACGUGGGAUCGACUGAUACACUAGGAAGCAUGCGCAUCGCAGCAACACUCACUCAGAUUCUGGACACGUGUUCGAAGUGGGAUGCGUCGGUGUUGUCCGUUACCAUGGCAACGGUAGAUUCAUAUACCCGACUCGCUUCAGGCAAAUGGGAGACAACGGGAGUUGAGUUGAAAUCGAAUUUGAAAUCGACACUGAAGCCGGAACCGGGUUCAAAACAACGGGCGAAAACACACCGGAGACAUGUUUCAUUCAAUAGCCAAUCAGAUGGUCCAAUUGAUAAAAUGGGCCAAUUAGGUGCGACCACUAUCAAGAAGAGUUUAUCAGUUGCGGGUGACGAAUCUGGUGCAGAGAAUGCCCAAAAGGAACAGCGUGAGUCUGCGUGCUCAGAUCAAGGACGAACGUGCGGAGAGCGACAGUGCUGUGUCGAGAGUCGUGCUGUCGCCAUGGCUACGGCGGUGGAGGCAUUCGAUUGGUUAGCGACUCUUCCACCAUGCAUUUGUUAA